UAAACGUUUGUUAACGGUUACGGAUAUACAACAAAGGAUAUGAACGAUUUAAAUGUAAAACAUUGAUGAUCGUGAAAGGACGUAUACAUUUUUAAUAACGGAUAAAAUACCAAACAAUUUUAUUUAAAUAUUAAACAAACAAAACGUGAACAUAAAAAAGAUUUAAGUGAAAGACAAGAAUUAAAAAAAUAUUUAAAAAAAAAGUUUAAACUAAAACUAACAAGCAUAAAAAUAAUGAAAAGUUGAAAAUUACUAAAGAAAAGUUGUUAGUGCUUUUAGAAUAAAAUUAAUAUUAAAAGAAAAAGAUUUCAAUUAAAAAAAUAAAUUAAACUAGAAAUAAAUUAAAAUCAUGUCUUCCUCUGAACAUGAAGUUGAUAUCAGUGUGGUCUCUAGUCCCGAACCCAGUCCCAUGGGUUGCGGUCAAGAGGGUCAUGAGACACCCUUAAGAUCCAACUCCCCGGCCCGUUCACAUGGUGCCUCAACGCCCAACUCAAAUCAUACACCCACUACAGCCGCAGGCACACCCACAUCAACCACUUCCAAUUAUCAUCAUCACCAUAGUCCCACCACUAUGGCUGCGGCAGUGCCACCAACAGUUUUACACCAUCACCUACAGCAUCAUUUGAAUUCCUUGAAUGCCGGCCAUCCGGUAGCUUUACAUCAUGCCUUGCACAGUUUUGGCCAUCUAACACAUCCCGCUCACCAACAUUUACUGCACCCAGCGGCUGUAACUCCGUCGGCAGCACAUCAUUUCUCCAAUGCUCUCAACAGUGAACGUCUUAGUCCACCGGCCAUGGCAGCCAUGGCUCCCAAGUCACCCGAAUCCACUACUACCGAAGAAUCUCAAACAAAUAACAACAAUUCAAAGAUGAUGAAUAACAAUGAUACAAAUACCGCUGGCGGUCAACAACAACAGCAUUCAGCUGCUGCUGCAGCAGCGGCGGCAGCUUUAAAUGGCAAUAUUAAUAAAGUAACUUCGGGCAAUGGUUUCACUAGUUUCUCUAUAUCCUCCAUUUUAAGUCGCAAUGAACCCAAAAAGAACGGCUCUAAUUUAAUUACACCCAUACCGCAAUUGCCGCCGACUACGGUGGGCGCUGGAGGACCUCAAGAUGCUGCCAUGUUGUCAAGAUUGGGUUUCAUUUCACAAUGGGGGGCUUUGGCUGGUCGUUAUGCUGCUUUAUGUCCACCCGGUUGGCCUUGGGCGCCACAACGUAUGCCUUUCCACAGUCCCACACAUGAUAGUUCUUCUACAAAUACAACUGAGAAUCCCUCAUCGCCACCUUCCCCCCAACAAAAUGGCUGUUUGGCUAAUGGCAACAAUAACAACAACAAUAAUAAUGGCACAAAAUCACCCUCUCCCCAUUUGUCAUACCAACAACAUCAGAGUCACCAUCAUCAUCAUCUCUCACAACCCCAUCAGCCCUCAACACCCAACAGUUCGAGCGCAGGUCUAAAUCAUCAUUCCUCACACUCGAAUUCCAGCUACUUACUACCCACCAGUUCAAAUGAAUCCGACGAUGAUGGCGAGGAAAUCAUUGAAGAAGAUGAUGGCACCGACGGGCCUUCAGAUGGCUCGUCGCCUCAGGGUGAUUCGAAUCAAACAAAACGUAAGAAAAAGACCCGUACUGUAUUCUCCAGAGCACAAGUAUUCCAAUUGGAGUCAACGUUCGAUAUGAAACGCUAUUUAAGUUCGUCGGAAAGGGCCGGUUUGGCUGCCUCUCUGCGUUUGACCGAGACUCAAGUGAAAAUUUGGUUCCAAAAUCGUCGCAAUAAAUGGAAGAGACAAUUGGCCGCUGAGCUGGAAGCUGCUAAUAUGGCGAAUAUGGCCCAUGCUGCCCAACGUUUAGUCAGAGUGCCAGUGUUGUAUCAUGAUGGUACAUCUGGUUUUGUGCCACCACCACCACCUCAUCCUCAUGCCAUGCAAUACUAUGCUGCAGCAGCAGCACGCAACAACAGCCCACCACGGCCACCAUUGUCAUCACUCGUAUAG